UUGGCGGUCAGCUGACAGCACCGAGGAGGCCGAUGAGGACCCUUUCUGAAGACUCAAGCCUGCAGAAGACCAGUACCUACAUCGUGCCCUGCUUCCUCAUGGUGGAGCUGGUCAUCAUGGCAGGGACUGUUCUGUUGGCGUACUACUUUGAGUACACGGACACCUUCCCCGUGCACGUCCAGGGCUUCUUCUGCUUCGACAAAGCCUACUCCAAGCCGUACCCGGGUCCUGAGGACGACAGCAAGGCGCCACCCGUCCUCGUCUACUCCCUCGUCACCGCCAUCCCAACUGUGACGAUUCUGAUCGGAGAAGUGACCACCUUCUUCGUGAAGGCGGAGGGAGCUCAGGAGAAGACCAUAGUGACCGCCGACUGCUGUUACUUCAACCCUCUCCUCCGUAGGAUCGUACGCUUUCUGGGUGUGUACUCCUUCGGCCUCUUCACCACCACCAUCUUCGCCAAUGCGGGUCAAGUGGUGACGGGAAACCAGACGCCUCAUUUCCUUUCAGCAUGCAAACCAAACUACACAGCUCUGGGCUGCCAGUCGCCGCUGCAAUACAUCACAGAGCGCCGCGCCUGCACAGGAAACCCGUACCUGGUGGUGUCCGCUCGCAAAUCCUUCCCCUCCAAAGAUGCAGCGCUCAGCUUUUAUUCAGCCGUCUACACCGUGAUGUACGUGACCCUGGUGUUCCGCACCAAAGGGACUCGUCUGACCAAACCCACCCUGUGCCUGGUGCUGCUGUCUCUGGCCGUGCUGGUAGGGGUGAUGAGGGUGACUGAACAUAGAAACCACUGGAAUGACGUCCUGGCUGGGUUUGUCACCGGAGGAGCCAUCGCUGCCUUCUUGGUUUCAUGUGUGAUCAACAAUUUCCAGCCAACCCAGCUCGCGAUGCAUUCUCCUCCGCCUCAACAGCGUCCAGAGCCGCCCAUGGGGCUGCCCCUCCUCACCCUGCCCCGCGUGGAGAGUCCACUCGAAAAGUUAAGUGGCGUCCAGGUUCCAGGGGUACCGUAUUCUGAGAUCACAUGACCAUCAGCCAAUCCCGUCCCCCACCCCUCCCGAUGUGCUCCUUCCCUCGCGACGUUGCCUAACCAGCGCAGUUUAGACCUGCCCCCUGAACUACCCCCAUCCUGUCUUGCCCACCCCGACGGACGAAGUGCUCUCCGACGAGUCAAAUCCACACAGGUCUGAAUGUCCCAACCAAUCACAGGAGGCAGAACAGGCACACGUGCACAUGGUGAGCAUGGCUGGACUCGGUCAUCCCCUAAGGAUCGGUAGGAGAUGGAUACGUGUCCUUUUCCGUCCACUUCUGUCUUGUUUGUCCUCCAAGAUGGCCUCCUCUUUCUUUCAGGUGAAAACGACCCGAUGAAAGACUAAUCAAAGCCAGAGCUGUUGAAGCAAUACUGUGUCCUGUUUCCUUAUCCUGUUGUCCAAAACGAGACCGAACAGUGACUAUCGAUGACUGUUGGCUGGGAAUGACUUGAUGAAACACUCGAUCAAUUCAAACACUCAGCAGCAGUGUGGGUAUUUUAUUGAUCAAAGAAAAUCUCAAACACUGGAUGAUCGUCCUCAAAAGACCCCUUUGUAACACUCAGGACAUAAAAUGAGGGGAAAAGGACUUAAGGAUUCAAAAACUUUAAGUCAUCUAACGCAGGUACUGUCGAGUAUCAUAGCACAGAUCCUUUCUGUCCUCAAAGCUAAGAAGAGAAGCCGUCGAAGAAGAAAGCACUUUUGGGACAAAGAGCACAGAAGAACCUUUGAAGCGUUCAGUAAACUGUGUUUGUAUCUUGAUUUGAUUUGGGGGGGGGGGGGAGGGGGGGGGGGAUAUCAUUAUGAUCUCACUGUAUAUUGUGUGAAGUGACAGAAGAGGGACGUAUACACACAAGUGCUGUGCUUGUGACACUCAUGUGUCUCGGGGGAUCAGAUAAGUCAUCCCUGAAGUGAAGUGAAGUGAAGUGAACUACAUUUCCAUAUACUUACUAUUCAGGUGUGUGUUUCUAAAUGUCUGGAGGUUUCCGUCCAUGCUGUGAAAUAUCGGGAAAGUUGUUUUACAUCCUUUUGUCAUGUUUUUUUUAUAAUCUGUAUUCAUUUACACUAAACUCUUACUUUGUCUUUUCUGUUCACACCUUCAGUACCUAUCACCUGCUCUUUAUUUAUUUUUACAUUUAAACCUGUGUUUUUAUGGAUUAAUGGAGAAGUAUUCAUCUUCUUGACACGGUGGCUGUUUUCCUCUGACGUCGUGCAGGAAGCUCGAAUGCUGCUGUUAUUUGUUGUUAGUGAAGAGUCCGAUAUGAUACAAUGUGAUACCACCCAAUACCAUACUAAACAAUACACUAUGAUAUACUCAUGGUCCACAAAGGGAAAUGGUACUUGGGUUUUAAUACUGCACACACAUAGCGAUUCUACAGUAGUCUUAAUAAGUCAAAAACAGGGGCGUCGGUACUGUAUUGAUUAGUGCCCGCGCCCCAUGUACACAGAGGUGCUGCUUGUCAACAGGCAAUGCAAGGGAAAGCUUUACAACAGCAGUGGCUCAAAAUGUGCAAAUUUUCCAAUGAGAGUCCUUAAGGGGGCCCCAUCUGACAGCGCUCACUCUCAUUGCCCUGCUAAGUGUAGCAUGCCUUAUUGAUUUCGAAAACCAAAGUUUGUCAGUGGAAGUGAGCGAAGGAAAAGGAAGAGGAAUUAUCCGUCUAAAGGAGAAUGAGUGUGGGUCGGGAUACUAGCAGGCAUGUUAGUGAUGAACGCUGGUUGGAGGGGCCCCCCCCCCCAAUUCAUUUUUGCCUAGGGCCCCAACAGAAUCUAGAAUCGCCCGUCAUGUACAGAGGCUACAGUCCUCAAAGCGGUCGGCCCAGGUUCCAAUCCGACGUGUGGUUCCCCACUCUCUCUCUCUCUCUCUCCCUGACUCUAUCAACUGUCCUAUCUCUACAUUAAAGGCACAAAAAAACACAAAAUCUAAAAGAAAUGAAGUCAAAAACAAACAAAUGACAAUCUUUACCAUUUCUUUGCAUCUUCAUUAAUAUUCCAGAUUCAAUACUGGGUUAAAGCUAUUUUCUAGCCAACAUUUCCUUUUAGGCUAGCUUGUAGGUUAUACAAUAUAAAGCGUUCUUUGGAAUAUGCACAGAUUUCCCACAUCAGAUCAUAUUGCACUGUCCUACUGACCUUUGCAGGCCUGCUUUCCAGCUUGGGGGGGGGGGGGUGGUUCAUUUUCUUUGCCGGGGCAGUGAAAGGAUAAUGAGUCGUUGGAUGCCUUACAUUUAUGUGACUUGCAGACGGGGAGCUCAGCGUUACAACAUUACUGCAGCAUCUGAUAUUUCCGUCCUGAGCAUGACUUCAGAGAACAAUAGCUGCUGUGUGAGUUUGUUGAACAGCAUCAGUUGUUGAUGCUUCAGUUCAUGUACUCGCCUGUUAUUAGAAGAUUCUCCUGCUUCGGUCGGACGUCUUUUCCUCACACUGACUUCAGAAAGCCAGUGGCAACAGACCAGUGUGUGACACAGAGGUAAGACCUCUGAGUUUUGUAUAGUUUUGUACAGUAUAUAGGUUUCUUUACACAGUAUAUAAACUACAUUAUUGUUACGUUCGACCUGUGUGAGCAAGUUGACGCUGUCUGAAGCUGUCCAGGAACUACGGCUGUCGAGAUAUUAGAAUUUCAGAGUCAAAAUCAAACAAUAAUGAAACCUGUUUCAACAACACAGGGACACAAAAUACUACUCCCAGACAACCAAGUCUGGGUAACUUCUUGGUUUUAAAUACAAAUAUUGCAGGCAGACUCCUACAAAAAUGUUCUAAAUUGCUCAAAA